AAACACAACAGCGCGAGCAUAGAAAAGCAGGAUGGGGCAACUGAACCAAAUGAGCCUUAAAAGAGCCAUGCUGUACCAAGACAAGGACUUGGCAGAGUUAAAGUGUGCACAAAAAGAGUCAUUAGAUCACUGCACUGAAAGCCAAAAGGACACCACAACCAUCCAUCUCACAAUGCCUAGCUCUAUGAAAGACAAUAGCUUGGUGAUGUGUAAUAAGAACGCUGCUCAUAAAUCCACUCAGGAGAAUACAGAAGAAGCAGAACAGAUGUGCAAAAACGGUGUUGCUUCGGUGGAGCUCAGUGCCAUGUAUCUACUUGCAGGUGACCAGUCUCUAACAGGCUCUUUCCUGGCCCAUUCUGGAAGUGUCUGUGAAGGUUUCUGCAGCAUCGCUCUGGACCAGCCGCUUAUGUCUGAACAGUUGAAGGCUGAGCUCAACCCACUGGUCAUCACUGUCCUCUCCGCUUCCUCUUUGCCGUCAUCUCCCGUUCCUUUUAAUGAGCUUCAGCAAAAAUGUCUGCCUGUGUACUGCCAGUAUAAGUUCUACAACAUGCCAGUGCACAGAAGCAAAGGACAGCACCACAGUUCUGAUAUUUAUUUCAGAGAUGUUUAUGUCAUCCUGACUGGCCUGCUGAGCGCUGGAGAACUGCUGGAGUCCCUCAGGGGUCCGAUGAUAGAGAUUGAGGUGCAUGACCGUGACAGAAAACCUGAAAAGCCAUUCAUAAGUCCAGCCGUUUUUGGCACUGAUGACAAAUUAGCCAGUACGGCUUUAGCCACUACCAGGCGCGCUACCCAUGACAAUAAACUGCAUGAUCCAUACGGCAUUGCCAAGUUAAAUCUUUCGGAUCUUCUAAGAGGAAACAGAUGUCUGAAUCUCAGCUUACCUAUAAGAUGUUCCCAUAGAGGGCAGUGGCUGGGCAUUGAGAAGAAUGAUUGGGAAACAAAGCUACCUGAGAAAGCAGAUAUUCAGGAUGAAUCUCAAGACAACUCUCUGCCCAUGGGUCACUACAUCGAAGCCAAUUCUAAGCUCAAGGUUCAGGUGGAGGUGGCAAGGCCGCUAAUUCUUGACCCUGACCAAAGUGAAGAACACUGUCCCUUUGGCCGUAUUGUUUACAUCUUCAAUUACAAUAACGUUCCGGUCCUGACUAAACUGAGGUCAGAGAUUCUACAGAUCAAUGUGGCAGCUUUCCAACUGGACUCUCACACUGAAGAAACUGCUCAAAAAGUCCUGUGCAGUUACAGAAUGAGCAACAAGGAAAAAGCAAACAAAAAUCUAAAUGUUCUGACAGGAUUUCAUAUACUGGACAAAUCUCUGCACCUUUUUGUUCUGGAGGGACUGAAAGGACAAGCCAUCAAACAGCUCUGGGAAACAUUACCUAUAAAGCUGGAGGAUGAUGUAGAGAAGCAGAUCACUGUUCUUUACAACUCAGGCCUGAGCUUCUCGGAGAGGCUCUAUGAUUCUCUGGAUCUAGGUUUGAGUCCUGUUUAUCUCUACCAGCCUCUGGACACCAUCCUGAAGGAGCCACUGGUGUACAUAGGAGAUGUGCUCCCAUACACCUGCCUCCAGGCCCUGUUACGAAUAAAGCAUUUAUGCCAAGCGAAGAAGCUUGAAGAAGUGGUGCAGAACGACCUGUUCCCAUCAGCUAAGAUGGUUCUCAGCUUGAAGCAAGAGUUUGGAAUAGUUCAUACGAGAGGAGCGGAGAGUUUACUGGUGGACACCAAAGAUUCAGCACAGCACAAUUCACAUCAACACGUCUCUCAGAGGAGGACACACACUCCUCUGGACACUUUCAAUAAGGAUUACCUGGAGUGGAAACGGACUCAAGCAAAUCAAGGGCUUUACACAAAAAACUUUGUUCAGGCCAACAUUGAGGAAGUCCACAAAGCUAGCAGUUGUUUACAGAAGCCCAAACCAAAGGUGUUUGUGGCUGAAGUGGAUGAUGGUCAGUCUGCCCACAACUACAGCAUUCAAAAAUUGAACUGCACCGCUCUGGCCCAAGAGCUACUGCGUAAAGAGAUGACAAAGGUUCCAGCUUGUAGGUUCUCCUAUAACCAGCAUUACCAUUCCUUCACGGUGGAUCCUGUUGAUAUAGAGUCUGAGCAGAAGGCCUCAACAGCCAAGAGUCGUGCUGCCUGGCGAACUUAUGAUGGCUUUAUUUAUCCCGGCUUCAAGAGCAGCAUCGAGUCCAAUAGACACCCCAAACGGCCAGAUGAGGCACGGCUGGAGGAGCUCAGAAAGCCCUGGAGAGAGAAUAUUCUCCACAGGAACAAACUGAGUCCAACCCUGAACAGGUCUAGGUGGCCAUGGAGCCAGCACCACAAGGACUUUGAGCUUUAUAUCAAACCACCUGCUGUUUUGAGCCCAGAGCCCCCAAUCUCCAUUCACCUGGCAGGAGCGUCUCUGCUGCAGGAGCAGCUCCAGGCGGCACAUGCUCAGCACAACAAAUGGCUCAUGAAGAUCUUACCUGAUAAAGACUCUGCAGUAAGUGGACUAUCUCUGAAGACAGCAUGGGGGGCGUUAAAGCCCAUGCCAGUGUUUCCUGUGGCCCAGCAAACUGACACAUCCAACAGAGAAAGAGAGAGCAGGUCCACAUCAGCUGGACCCUUCUGGAACCACAGGUCUCAAGUGGAUACAAACUCCAACCCAACACACACAGCCCAAUACUCCAUGUCCCAACUUGGGUGA